AUGUCCUCCCUUUGUUUUGUUCCGUACUUCACGUACGGUUCGACGAAUGGUGUAGGUGAGCUAGCUGCUAUGUCUAGCUUUGGAUUUCUCACGAAUACCUUGCUUAGCCUCGUGGAUACGUCCAACGCAUACACAAACCUGUUGUUUCCUACUCCCGCAAGUCACUCUGACACGUUUGGGAGUAUAGUUGCCUUCAUUCUCGCUCUGUGUCGAGAGCUUGAGAACAGACAUGGGCUGCAAUGGAGCCAUACGUCGAGUCGGAAAGUAUCUGAAAUAGAGCAAAUGUUGAACAAGAUUACCCCGUAUCUUCUGGCCAACUUAUGUGGGAUUCUGAGCGUCUGA